GAGGGAGCGGGAGGAGGCGGGAGCGGGCGGCGCGCGGCGGCAGCGCGAGCUCCGGCGGCGGUUGUGCGCGCGCGGGGGGGGAGGGGGCGGCGGCGGGGGCUAACAAAGGGCGAGGCGAGCGCUGGGGCUGGGACAGCGCGGGGCGGGCGGGCGGCGGGCAGCCGGCGGCGGCCGCACCACCAUGCCGCGGGUUGUCCCCGACCAGCGGAGCAAGUUCGAGAACGAGGAGUUCUUCAGGAAGCUGAGCCGCGAGUGCGAGAUUAAGUACACCGGCUUCAGGGACCGGCCCCACGAGGAGCGGCAGGCCCGCUUCCAGAACGCCUGCCGCGACGGCCGCUCCGAGAUCGCUUUUGUGGCCACAGGAACCAAUCUGUCUCUCCAGUUUUUUCCGGCCAGCUGGCAGGGGGAGCAGCGACAGACACCAACCCGGGAGUAUGUCGACUUUGAAAGAGAAGGAGGCAAGGUGUACUUGAAGGCACCUAUGAUUCUCAAUGGUGUCUGUGUAAUCUGGAAAGGCUGGAUAGAUCUACAGAGACUGGAUGGUAUGGGCUGCCUGGAAUUUGAUGAAGAGAGAGCGCAGCAGGAGGAUGCAUUGGCACAGCAAGCCUUUGAAGAAGCUCGGAGAAGAACUCGUGAGUUUGAGGAUAGAGACAGGUCUCAUCGGGAGGAAAUGGAGGUGAGGGUUUCACAGCUGCUGUCAGUAACUGGCAAGAAGGCAACAAGACCCUAGUCCUGGAUCUAACCUAGGAAGUGGCGAUGACCUCAAACUACGUUAAUCGACAGCAGCAGGCAUGCCAUGGGUCUGCAUACAUGCAUUGCUUCUACUUGGCAAAGGAUAGAUUAAAAGACCAGAAACUGUGAUAACUGGGUAUACUAUGGUCUGUUUCCUGACCUGCGGCAGUCAAAAUCACCAUGAACUGCCAUGGUUUGCACUAUGUUUAUGUUACGAUACCUGCAUUUCCCAUUUUAAGCAUGUAGCCAGUGGCAAUUUGAAAUUUUGUUUUUCUAUGCAAACUUAUUUUUGUUGGCACUAUUUUAGUGAAAUGGAAACUUAUGCAGCUAUAAAACCAUUUUUCUCAACUGUAAUAAAAAUUGUCACUUAAAAAUAGGUCAAGAUAUUACAGAUUAAUUUUUUGUUUUGUUUUUUUGUAAACUGCUGGAAGCCAAUGCAUUCCAAGCUUUUUUUUUUUUUAAUAUGGGCUUUCGGAAAUUUUGAUUGUCCUUAUUGUGCUCCUGCUUUAUUUUAGAUAUGCAUUCUUACCUUUCUUUCAGUUUUCUUUUUUCUAAAUUUGCAAGACCUUUUGAAAACUGCUGACAUUAUUUUGCAUAUUUCCAAGCUAAACCCAGUGAUGCAGAGCUGUCGGAAUCAAAUUUCAAACCAUGCAGGUUUGUAUCUUACAGUUGCAGUAUUCUUUUAACUGCUAACAAUUCAUUGGUUCCACUUUUUAAAUGAUAAUAUCUUUAUAUAUAUAUAUUAUAUAUACGCACACACAGGUAUAUAUGUGUGUGUGUAUGUAUAUUCAUGCAUUCUGCCCCAGUAUCUAUCUUAGAUUUUAUUCUGUAUUAAGUGAGUUUGGGUGGUUAUUAUACCCCUGUAUAUAGUACUUUACUGAAACUCAUAGGAAGUCGCAGGCUGGCUUCUGUUUUAUUCAGGGAUUUUUUUAAAUAGUUCUUGGAAGGGAUACUGCAACUCUGAUUAGAUUUGACAGCAUGCUAAACUGGGAACAAAAGUGAUCAGCUGCCAAGGUGAUAUGUAUUAAAUCAUGUUUAAGAUAGCUGCUUUAAGUAUAUUUUAUAUCUUACGCUUUUUGUAAAGUUGUGCUGAAUGGUGAAAAGUUGAGAUGAGGUUGUGUGCAGAAAACCUCAUUACUGUGCAUAGGACACUUCUAUUAAAAUCUUAUGCAAAUUAAAACUACAUUGCAGUAUAUAUUGCAUUUUCUAACAGGGUAAGAUUUGGGAUGAGUUAAUUUGUGCAAAUUGUUUUGGGGGGUUUUGGUCAAUGGACUUCAAGUUUUUCAUUGCAUCCAGUAGUCUAAGAAAACAGAUUGGAAAUGUGAUGCCAUUUGGCAUUGUCAAAAUGCGGUGCUUUCUGUACAGCCUGAUUAAUCAAAGUGUCAUUUAAAUACCUUUUUAAAAUAAGCGAUCUAGUUUCAGUAUUUUAAGAAUGAUUUUGAAAGCAGAAACUCUGUAUGAUUAGAACAGCUAAAUCUUUAUUAAAUUAAUUCUGUAAUUAAGAUAAUUACCUUCCUCAUUAAUGGCAAAACAAUUGAUGCAAAAGAGGUCUUGCAAAAAUAUAAACAAAUGUCAAUGUGAAGGAGAAUCUUUGUAUGUUAAUAGUGUGAAUAUUUAACAUUCACUUAAAAAAUGUCAAUAACUGUAAACUGUGAGAAAUGUCAUCAAAUAGAAAUAUUUUGAUACUUCAAUUUAAAUGUGAUUCACCUGGAAGAUAACCUUUUUCACUCUGUGGCCACAUAUUCUUCUCGCUUUUCUUCCCCCAAAGAAAUAAUUUUUCUAAAGUGUUGCUGCAAUGAGUUAUUUAAGGGACACACGCAUGCAUACACACGCAUCCCUAGCCUUGGAUCUUCUCUGCCAUCUGUGUAUUUUUGAUGGAAUAGUCUGAAGAUUUAUUUUAAAAGGUUUUCUUAACGUUUCAGACAGUGGUUUUAAACCAUAAGUACACAGGAAAUGAUGCUAUCAGAUAUUAACAUUGCUAUCUUUGUGUAAAUACUGAACUUUCCCUAUCAUCAUUUAGCAUUCUGCUGCUUAUGAUAUCUUAAUGCUGGCAUUAAGAUCACAAGCCCUUACCCUCUGCUGGUUAGUGCAGACUUUUUAAAGUGCAUUUUAAGUUAUUGAUGCAAUUUGAUAUUUUUCAUAAUUUCUAUUUAAACUGAAGUUGCAUCAUCUUUCUUGAAUUCAUCUCCUGUAAGAGUUGCCUUAAGCUACAGGAUUGCUUUUGCUACUUUUUGUGUUGUAUGUUUAACUUUCAUAAUAAACUUCCGUGUAGUGAAAACAA